AUGAGUGGUACUUCCGUUGAUGCCGAUGGACUUAUUGAGGGCAACUAUGAAGAAGUUGUGGCAAGUUUUGAUGAGAUGGAUUUGAAACAGAAUCUUCUCAGAGGAAUUUAUGCAUUUGGUUUCGAAAAACCAUCUGCCAUUCAACAACGUGCAAUUGUUCCUUGCACUACUGGUCGUGACGUCAUUGCACAGGCUCAGUCCGGUACAGGAAAAACUGCGACGUUUUCUAUCUCCAUUCUGCAACGUAUAGAUGAAAACGAACCGAGUGUCCAAGCACUAGUAAUGGCUCCCACACGUGAAUUGGCUCAACAGAUCCAGAAAGUUAUGUGCGCUCUUGGAGAUUACAUGAGCAUCAAAGUGCACGCAUGUAUUGGAGGAACCAGUAUACGUGAUGACCAGCGCAAGUUGGAAAGUGGCGUGCAUGUCGUUGUGGGUACACCCGGUCGAGUGAACGACAUGAUCAAUCGCAGUGUGCUACAAACGAGUCGUAUAAAAAUGUUCGUUUUGGAUGAGGCUGAUGAGAUGCUCUCACGUGGUUUCAAGGAUCAAAUUUACGAGGUGUUCAAGACUUUGCCGCAAGAGGUUCAGGUCGUGUUACUGUCGGCUACUAUGCCAGCCGACGUACUUGAUGUAACCAACCGUUUUAUGAGAAAUCCGAUCCGUAUCUUGGUGAAGAGAGAAGAACUUACUCUUGAGGGUAUUCAUCAGUAUUAUAUAAACGUCCAAAAAGAUGAAUACAAGUUUGAAACACUCUGCGAUCUUUAUGAUGCGGUCAAUGUCACCCAAGCUGUCGAACAACUUACUGAACAAAUGACCAAAAAGCAGUUCACCGUAUCCAGCUUACACGGAGACAUGGAGCAGCAGGACAGAGAUGUGAUCAUGCGCGAAUUCCGGUCUGGUUCCUCGCGUGUCCUCAUCACAACGGAUUUGCUCGCUCGUGGUAUCGAUGUUCAACAGGUUUCCCUUGUUAUAAACUAUGACUUGCCGUCAAACCGUGAAAACUACAUUCAUCGUAUUGGUCGUUCGGGACGUUUUGGAAGAAAAGGAGUGGCUAUCAAUUUCAUUACCGAUAAUGAUGCACGUCAGCUUAAAGAUAUCGAGACUUUCUAUAGUACAAUCAUUGAAGAAAUGCCCGCUGCAAUUACCGAUCUUCUUUAA